CGCUUCCUGUGCGUGUCACUCACUCGGCGGGGGAGGGGAAGCGCCGAGCAGGCGGCGGCGGUUCCUCGGAGAGCGGGUCGGCGGGGCAGGGCCCGGCGGUGAUCGCGCUGCCCGUCUGCCGCCCGAGGUACCCGCGGAGGCCCGGAGAGGUGGGGCCGCCGAACGGGAAAGAGGCCGCGGAGCCCGGCCCGGCCGCCGGCGUCCCGCAGGAGGCGGCCAUGUCUACCGGCGAGGUGGAGCGGCUGUCGGCGGACCUCGGCGGGGCCGCCGGGGACGAGGAAGAAGAGUGGCUCUAUGGCGAUGAAAAUGAAGCAGAGAGGCCAGAAGAAGAAAAAACUAGUGCUCCACCCCCACCUGGAAACGAAGAGGAGGCUGCAGAAAAUGGCGUUGUGAAAACGAAGGCGACUGAGGCUGAGGAUGACAGCGAUAGUGAUAGCGAUGAUGAUGAAGAUGAUGUUCAAGUCACCAUAGGAGAUAUUAAAACAGGAGCUCCACAGUUUAGUUAUGGAGCAGCACCUGUGAACCUCAAUAUUAAGACAGGAGGACGAGUUUAUGGAUCUUCUGCAGGUGUAAAAGUUAAAGGGGUGGAUUUGGAUGCGCCAGGAAGUAUUAAUGGUGUGCCACUUCUGGAAGUAGAUCUAGAUUCUUUUGAAGAUAAACCUUGGAGAAAACCAGGGGCUGAUCUAUCUGAUUAUUUCAACUAUGGGUUCAAUGAAGAUACGUGGAAAGCAUACUGUGAAAAACAGAAGAGAAUACGAAUGGGUCUUGAAAUUUUACCAGUUACCUCAGCCACAAAUAAAAUAACGGUACAACAGGGCAGAACUGGAAAUCUGGAGAAAGAGUUGGCAGUGCAGUCGACCAAAGCUGAUUUCACAUCUCCUCCUGCCUUAUUCAAAUCAGGAAUUCCAACAAACAGGCGAUUAUCUGGAGCAAUAGAUGUGAUUGGACAGACCAUCACUAUCAGCAGGGUAGAAGGACGACGACGUGCUAAUGAAAACAGCAACAUACAGGUUCUUUCAGAACGAUCUAAUCCUGAAGUAGACAAUUUUACCAAGCCACCUCCAUUUUUCCCUCCAGGAGCUCCACCUACUCACCUUCCACCACCUCCUUUCCUCCCACCCCCUCCAACUGUCAGUACUGCUCCGCCUCUGAUUCCCCCACCAGGUAUACCAAUCACAGUACCACCACCAGGCUUUCCACCACCACCUGGCGGUCCUCCACCUUCCCUCAUACCCACCAUAGAAAGUGGACAUUCCUCUGGCUAUGACAGUCGUUCUGUUCGUGCAUUUUCAUACGGCAGUGUCACCUUUCCGCACCUUGCAGGUUCUGCUCCUUCAUGGUCUAGUCUUAUGGACAGCAGCAAACAGUGGGAUUACUAUGCACGGCGAGAGAAGGAUAGGGAACGGGACAGAGAUCGAUCUCGGGAUCGAGAUCGGGACCGGGACCGAGACAGAGAUCGAGAACGUACCAGAGACAGGGAAAGGGACCGAGAUCACAGCCCAUCUUCAAGCACGUUCAACAGUGAUGAAGAACGGUACAGAUACAGAGACUAUGCAGAAAGAGGCUACGACCGCCAUAGGACAAGCAGAGAGAAAGAUGACCGACACAGAGAGAGGAGACACAGAGAGAAAGAAGAUACAAGACACAAAUCAUCUCGAAGUAACAGCAGACGCCGCCACGACAGUGAAGAAGGAGACAGCCACAGAAGGCACAAACACAAAAAAUCCAAACGAAGCAAAGAAGGAAAAGAAGCCAGCAGUGAACCUGCUCCUGAGCAAGAAAACACUGAAGCUGCCCCCGUGGAAUAGGCUUGUGUGAUUUUUGCCUAUUUGCAUCUAUAUUAGUGCCAGAAAUAGAUUACUAUAAAUCUUGUUAUUUUUCUGGUUAUUAAAGUAAUUUGUUCUUAAUCUUG